UGGGGAAUCCUGAAUUGUGCAGUCUUUUUCCUUUUCACCAUUGCAUGCUGCGGGUGGUGGCUUCCCCCGAUAUGGCCAGGCUGGUGGAUCUUCCAAAAAGCAUGUGAUGGGAUGCAAUGGGUUACAUUGAACUUUGGAGGAGGGUUUCUGCCGUCACAAAAGAAAAGCUUGCGCUCUCAAUGGUUUCCUCCACGACGCCGCGCCUCCAUGACGACUAUGCUUUGAAGCUGACCUCAGACGGAAGAGCGCACAUGAGGAAAGUGAUCAAGAGGUUACAAACUUCUGAAAAGUUUAGUUUCACCCUUGCUGAGUUUUUCGCUCAAAUGUGUGCCCUCGUCUACGAGAGUAACAAGGUCCUUGAGGAGAUUCUACGCAGGUGGGGCCGGGACUUCGAGUUCACACGAUUCGGACGCGAUGGUUGCUGUAUAAUGGCUAUAUGGAGCGUGGAACACAAGUUCGUUGUCCUGAUCUUCAAAGGGACCGGCCUACUGGAUCUCUCAGAAUGGUUGACCGAUUUUUCGCUGCGAAAAACGUCACCCAAAAACGGAGUUCUCCCGGGACUCGUUCACUCUGGGUUCUUUUCUGGCUUCGGCUUCCCGAACGUGGACAUGGUGCGAAGAAAAAGGAAGACUCCGACAACAUUUGACCUGGACAAGAUGCUAGAAGCCACUUGGCUCAACUCUUGCGGUAGCAUGAAGGACGAUGAUUUCUGGGGCACAAGCUUGCUGCCUCAUCUAUGGCAGAUCGUUAAGAAGUUUGACGGAACACCGAAGCCACAUUUGUGGAUUACCGGCCACUCUCUCGGAGCUGCUACGGCCAGCAUUUUCACUGCAAUGAUAUUGUGGAGAAGGAGUAAGGUUGGAGCCAACUCGCCGGUCGAGAAUAUCGAAUGGGACGAGACAUUUAUACUGAGAGGAACCUACACCUACGGAACACCGAGAACUGGCGACACGGACUACCGAGCUGCUAUCCAAACUGUGUUGAGAGAUCGGUACGGAAGAUUCAAGAUGAGGGACCAGCCUCAGUAUCAGUUCCACCGCAUAAUCAACGCCAACGACAUCGUUGCGACACUACCCGGAGGACCGGGAAUCUCAGAGCUGGGAACGUUCUUCCGUAAAACAAAGGCCACGACCCACUUCAAUCGCCACUCCGGACGUUAUGAGAGGGGAAACGGCAAGCCAGCUAGUUUGACCCUAAUCGAUUUCCAACAUAUCGGGACGCCACAUUUGAUAGAGUAUCGAACUGGGGGUCGCCAUGUGCGCGAGCGGCACCUUGGAUUCGUGCUGUUCAAUGCCAUGCAGGAGUUUGUGCGAGGCAUUCCAGAAGCAUUUAAGCAGCCAACGAUCGCGGGCAAGGCAUUUGCUUUGGCAGCCACUUUCGUGCCAGGCGUGAUGUUUUUCCGUGAUCACAUGCUCAGCGAGUAUGUUUUGAACCUUGAAGAAUGUCGGAAACGCAACGCUCAAUGCAAGCCUCCUCCCCAAAUUUAAGACGGACACACCAAGAGGAGCCCCUUGCUUCAACACGCCUCUAACGCUUUCCUUUUAGACGUUUGCCACCUUAGACAUACCCAAUAAUCUUCUGGACACUUUUCGCACUC